ACAUUUACUCUUCGUGUUAAAAAAAAGAAUAUCUAUCAACUCCAAUGAAAUCAACCUCCUUAAUUUGAUUUUAUUCAGAGUACGAGAAGUGUACUUACUUUAUUAAGUAAUUGUAAUUUUUAUAUGAGGAUUUCGUUUGAGAAUUUUAAUUUAUAAAACAAAAUUAAUAAUGUGGAGUGAUUCUUUAUUAAUCGUUUUUAUAUCUAUUUGCACGGCAUUUUUAGGAGAAGGUCUCACUUGGAUACUAGUUUAUAGAACAGAAAAAUUUCAAAAACUAAAAGUUGAAGUAGAGAGACAGAGUAAGAAAUUGGAGAAACGAAAAGAAGCUCAUGGUGAUUCUUUGGACAAACAACAUAAGAAGAAAAUUGAAAGAGAGGAGGAAAGAUUAAAGAAUAAUAAUAGGGAUCUGUCCUUGGUCAAGAUGAAAUCAAUGUUUGCUAUUGGUUUUGCCUUUACAGCUUUACUUAGCAUGUUCAAUAGUAUAUUUGAUGGUAGAGUUGUAGCUAAGCUUCCAUUCUAUCCAAUUUCUUGGAUUCAGGGUUUAAGCCACAGGAACUUAUCAGGAGAUGACUAUACAGAUUGUUCCUUCAUAUUCUUAUACAUUCUGUGCACAAUGAGUAUAAGACAAAACAUUCAAAAGCUUUUAGGAUUUGCGCCUUCUCGUGCCGCAUCUAAACAAGGAGGUGCACUGUUUGUACCGCCACCAGCACAGUUCAAGUAAUAAUUGCAUAAUGUAAAUUAUAGAAUAAUUUAUUU